UAAAAGAAUUACGAUGUUUUCAGUGUCUCCUAAUGACGAUUGUAUAUAAACGGUUACAAAAAGUUUAAUAAAUUGUUGUGUAUUUUAGAAGGUGUAUAUAAAUUGUAUAUCAAUAUGAAUAAACUAUCGCAAUGUUUUUUAAUCUUGGUGCUUUCGAACAUAAUUUAUGCUGAUGCCUGGUUAACGCGAUCAAGUACACCAUGUACCAAAGAAAUGAUGGAAGAACCCAUCCACAUUUUCUACAAUUUUAUUGAAUCUCUUCAAUCCAAAAAAGUUAAAGAAGCAAAAAUAUUGAUGGCACAAUUCUCAGGAGACUUGUAUGAAAUACCAGAUCACUUAGAGGUAAUAAAUAUUACUUGCGGAGAUGAGAAAACAGAAAGUAUUAAUAAACUUGUUGAAUUAAUUGAAAACAUACAAACAGUAAAAAAUAUUGUGGAAGCUUUAGGUAAUGAUAAUUACGAAGAUGCAAAAACUUUAAUCGAAUCUUUCCAUUGCCCACAUUUGGUUCAAUUCACUGUUCGAAUGAGCUAUAUGAGCCAUAAAACUUUGCAUAAAGUUAUAGAAUUAUUAAAAGUUUUAGAAAAUAUGAAAACCAUUAACAUGGUAAAUGCAGCACUGAUUUAUCUCAUAGAUGACACAAAUAUUGGUGCAAGUAGCAAAAUUAUUCCAAUAAUGAAGAAACAAAUUCUUGACAACAAGAGUAAAAUACCUGCUGAUUUAUUAUUGACAGCAAAAUUAAAUAUGAAAGAGAUGGUCAAGAUUACAUCAGCUGAUUGUAACAAAGGUUUCAAAGCAUUGAAUAAAAUUGAUCCAGAGAUGGCAGACCAAGCAUUUUAUGAAGUUGUAUUCCAAAAUGUUACAGAAACAUAUGUAAAUUUAAAAAAACUGGACUUAGCACCAAACACCCAUUUUUAUGUUAUUGGUUUGGAAGCAUUUUAUGAUAAACUUGUAGUUUUGGAAAUGCAAAAUUCUAUUUACAUGGGAAAAGUGUUGAAAUAUGCUAAAUUGGCUUCAAUCAAACCUGGUUUAGAAGAAGAUUCUAAAGCCAAAACAAUUUUAGAGAAUAUAUUAGAUAAUGCUUCCGAAUUUGCAAAAAAAGUUUCUGAAAGCUACGUAUGUCAAAAUUUUGAACAAAUUAACUCUAUCGUCAUAAGCGAAAAAGUGCAACACUCAGAACAUAAUGAGUACACAGUUUUCUACAAUCCAGAAACACCUGAGAUCUUUAAAGGAAAAUUCAAAGAACAGCAUGAUGGUGAAUUGUUAAUGAUAACUCUCGAACAAAGCUAUGGACCAGAAUCCGUAAAAUAUUCGAUAGUGAUGGAGAAUGGUGCAUAUCCAGAAAAUAUUUACAUGUCUGGAAAAAUUAUAUCUAAAAAAGUAUUUGCAAAAGAAUCAGCAACAUGGAAAGAACUCUGCGUACUGAAUCCUGAGCCAUUUGUCCAAUAUUGUACAAAAUUAGAAAAUACUCUGACUAGAGAAAAUCACACACAGGCAAGCAGAGAACUGUAUGAGAAUUUCGUAUAUCGUGUAAAAAACACAUGUAAUGAAUGA